GUGGCAGCAUGCGCGCGGCCAGGUGGAGCGCUCGCGUGGGCCCGGUACCUCCGGUUCGGCACGGCCCGGUUUGGCCUCAGCUUUGGUUCGGGAUUUGGGUUUUUCUGGGUCUGACCCUGAUCCCCGGCGCGCGCGGAGCGGGACCCGAGGCGCCGUUUGGGCCUCCGGACCAGGACCAAGACCAAGACCCGGACUCUCCGGGAUCCGGCCGGACUCUGAUCUCAGUUUCCGGUCGCCCUGAGGUUCUGGACGUGAAUUCUCUCUGCAGCUGCUCGAACGGCUCCAUCAAACUGUGGCUCUCCCCACGACGCUUCUCCCGCCUCAGACUCUCAGAUGGUUCUGAAGUUCCCCCUGGCUCUCCUGGCUCUCCUGGCUCUCCUGGCUCUCCUGGCUCUCCUGGCUCUCCUGGCUCUCCUGGCUCUCCUGGCUCUCCUGGCUGUGGCGUGUCCUACAGAGGCUUCUGGACGGUGCUGGUGGUUUCUCCUGGAUGUUCUGCACCGCUUCAGGUGGACUGUUCUGUGCGUCUCGUCUAUUUUGACAAACUGCUCAGGAAAGACGUGGAGGCGGUGAUGUUCUGCGAGGUGGAGAGUGACCUCGGCCUCCAGCGUCACAGGAGGAACCCGGAGGUGCUCAAGAACCUGUUCGGCCGAGAGCGCGGGAGGAGACCCGCCGAGCCCGCAGAACCUGCCGCCCAAGAGCCCAGACCUCGAGCUGGAGGCCGCAGAAGUCCCAAGUCGUCUGGAGGUCCAGGUCACAGUGGCAAACCCGGAAAAGGUUCCAAAGGCCCUGGAGAUGGUCACCAUGACGACAAAGACCCUGAAGAUUAUGAUGGAGCUGAACAUUCAGGUCAUGGAGGAAAACCUGGAAAAGAUUAUUCCAAACAUCCUGGAGAUUCUGAAGGAGCUGAAGGUUCAGGUCAUGGAAAACCUGGAAAAGACAAGUCCAAAUCUCCUGGAGGUGCUGACCAUGAUGACAAAGAUUCUGAAGGAGCUGGACGUCCAGGUCAUGACUCUAAGCCUCCUGGAGAUGGUCACCAUGACGACAAAGGCCCAAAACAUCCUGGAGAUGGUGGAGCUCAACGUCCAGCACCUGGAAAAGAUGAAGCCAAACCUUCUGGAGAUGGUCACCAAGACCCUGAAGACCCUGAAGACCCUGAACGUCCAGGACAUGGACACACCCCUGUGGAUCCCAGCACCACCUCUCCUGCAAACCCAGAGGUGGUAAUGAGCCAGACUGUCUCCAACUCAGGUCAAGGAAAUCACAGGGGACAUGGAAAACCUGGAAAAGAUGAGUCCGGCGGUCCUGGAGGUCCUGGACAUGGUCACGGUGACGGCAGAGGUCCUGGAGGUCCCGGAGGUCCUGGACAUGGUCACGGUGACGGCAAAGGUCCUGGAGGUCCCGGAGGUCCUGGACAUGGUCACGGUGACGGCGGAGGUCCUGGACAUGGUCACGGUGACGGCGGAGGUCCUGGAGGUCCCGGUGGUCCCGGACAUGGUCACGGUGACGGCGGAGGUCCCGGAGGUCCCGGAGGUCCCGGACACGGUGACGGCAAAGGCCCCGGAGGUCCCGGAGGUCCCGGAGGUCCCGGACACGGUGACGGCAAAGGCCCCGGAGGUCUCGGAGGUCCCGGAGGUCCCGGACACGGUGACGGUGACGGCAAAGGCCCCGGAGGUCCCGGACACGGUGACGGUGACGGCAAAGGCCCCGGAGGUCCCGGAGGUCCUGGACACGGUGACGGCGGAGGUCCCGGAGGUCCUGGACAUGGUGACGGCAAAGGUCCCGGAGGUCCCGGAGGUCCUGGACAUGGUCACGGUCACGGUGACAGUAAAGGUCCCAGAGGUCCUGGACACGGUGACGGCGGAGGUCCCGGAGGUCCCGGAGGUCCUGGACACACGGUGACGGCAAAGGCCCCGGAGGUCCGGAGGUCCUGGACACGGUGA